GCCGGUUUAUACUUCCUCUUUCGCCUGGUCUGGAUUAGCAACAGCUAUGGCGUUGCGGUGGACGGGGCCGGCGUUUUGGGUGGUAGCAUGGCUUGUGGCAGGUAUUUUUGCUAAUGAAUUCAACGUAUUACGAUCUCCUGAGUCAGUCAUUUUCCGUCAGGGAAGCUGGCCAAUACCUGGAGAGCGAAUUCCAGAUCUGGCUGCAUUAUCCAUGGGCUUUUCUGUUGAGGAAGACCUCUCCUGGCCUGGACUUGCAGUAGGUGAUCUCUUUCGGCGUCCUCGAGCUACAGUUCUGGUCACGGUGACAGGGAUAAACAAGUUAAUGCUACCUGAGAACAGUAUCUCUUACCCAGUUGAGAAUGCUGUUCCUUUCAACCUGGAUGGUGUUGCAAAUGCGAUUCAUACUUUGUUUUCUGAGGAAACGCCUGUAGUAUUACAGCUUGCUCCCAGUGAAGAGAGAGUGUACAUGGUGGGAAAGGCAAACUCUGUAUUUGAGGAUCUUUCCGUCACACUACGACAACUUCGGAAUAGAUUAUUCCAGGAUAAUUCCAUUCUGAAUUCUCUUCCCCUCAAUUCUCUGAGCAGAAACAAUGAGGUUGAUCUGCUCUUUCUGUCAGAAUUACAAGUCCUGCACGAUAUCACAAGCUUGCUUUCCAGGCACAAGCAUUUAGCAAAGGAUCAUUCACCAGACCUAUAUUCUUUGGAGCUCUCUGGGUUGGAAGAAAUUGGUAAACGUUAUGGAGAAGAUUCACAGCAGUUCAAGGAUGCCUCUCAGAUUCUUGCAGACUCACUGCAAAAGUUUGCUGAUGAGAUAUACAACCUCUAUGGUGGGAAUGCAGUAGUAGAAGUGGUAACUGUGAAGACAUAUGACACUCCCUUUGUGAGGAAGUCACGAUCCAUUCUAGAGACCUCACAGACCACCCCUGGAAAUCAGUAUAAUAUAGGAUAUCCAUACAACUUUAACUAUGCUGUGGUCUUCAACAUAAUUUUGUGGAUCAUGAUAGGCCUCAUCAUAGCUGUGAUUGUCAUUUCCUACAAUCUCUGGAAUAUGGAUCCAGGCUAUGAUAGCAUCAUUUACAGGAUGACCAACCAGAAGAUCAGGAUGGAUUAAACACCAGUUAAAUCAAACUUGAGGAGGAGUCAGCUUUCUUCCAGUGGUUCAGUAUGGAGUUCCUUUAACAGUGCAACUGUUUCUGUGAAGUUUUUGCUUUUUUAACUUGAAGAUAUAUUUGAAAGGUUGGUAGAGUUGAAAAGCGCAAUGGCUGUGAAAUUGUAAUCUAACUUCCGCUGAACACAUUCAUGUAAAUGAUUCCCAUAGAGUAUGCAUUCAGUUCCUCUGUAUUUCUGGUUAGUAAACAAUGCACUGAAAGUAAGCUGGCAGCAUGUUUUGUCUUAAAUUCUUUACACUGGAAGCUUAGGAUGUUGAGGCAGUGUUAGGUACUGAAUUCAUUGUAAAUGUUUUGUGUAAAUACUUUAAAUUGUUUGUUGAUAGGGAUUUAGUCCUGUUUAUGCUGAAUCAUCAGUAUGAAACCUUUAAUAGAAUAGCUCUUGUUAAAUAGAAUUUAGUUUGUGUGCUUACACUUACUUUCAAUAAAGUGAACCUUUGUAUGAAAAUUUCAUGCAGGAAAGAUCCAGAAUGAGAAAAAUAAACAAUGACGCAUGUUGCAGCAGUGCAGUUGAAAUGUUAUGAAUUACUCCAGAGAAGACCCUAUUAAUAAACAUAGCUUUAUUAAUACCUUAUUCUUUGUAAAGGACAACUAUAGAGUGAUUGUGGACCAAAAUCAAAAAGACAGUGCAAUUCUUCGAUCCACCCUCACCUGAUAUUAUGCAGUUCCUGUAAAAACAUGGAGCAUGUUCCCAGUUAACUUUGCUGAUCAAGUGACAUACUAGAAAUAGUUCCCAGUUACAGUGGGUCUGAUACCAUAUUCCUGUUUCCAAAGCAGAAAGCAACUAAUUUGUAAGUCCAUUUCCCACGUGCUUUAAGUUUUACUUGCAUAUAGAUAAUGGAUAGGAUCUUUAUUUUCUGACUUAAGUUAAUGAAGUGCUGGGUAUGAAAAUGAAGCAUAGGAUUCCUAACAGGAUUGAACCAGAGGUACUAUGCGGGAAACUUGAACUGGAUUAAAAUAACUGAUCCUUCUACUGAAGUAGAUAGUUCCGUAACUUUUUCUGAUCCUCAAACAAUCCCUGUAGGCCCUUCCUGAGAACUGAAAACAAACUAAUCACUUAGAGGUUGCACAUAAUCUUGUGAGUUGGUAAGAGGCUUUGGUUAACAUCCAUCUUGGAAUUAAAUGUUUAAACUAUCAGCUGUAGAUUUUUCAGUAUUUAUCAGUUGUUGUUAGUUCAGUAAACUUAUAUAUUAAAUUGAUUAAGAUUUGAACAGAGCCCUGAAGCCUCCCUGAUUUCAAUAGGAUUUAAAUUUGUUUCAACUAGGAUCCACUUUAUAUACUAGAUAUAUAAAGAUAUCUCUAGAUAUCUCUCUCUCUCUCUCUCUCUCUCUAUAUAUAUAUAUAUAAUCUGAGGAUCUUCUCAUUUUCAUGUGUUAAGAAUAUAAUUUUCCCCAGGGGAUUUUUUUUAGAAAUUUGAUUUAAAGCCACGGAACUCCUUUAUUUUCUGUGUUUCCAUUGAGGGGGAGGAAGACUCUUCCCUGCCUGUAACCUUGUGCAGCUCACCUUUGUGAUCUGAGGGAAGAAUGUGCAAGAACUGAAAAAGAGCAUGAUAGAAGGGAACACAGCAUUUUAAUAUGCAGGGGAGGAAGAGCAAAAACCUAAAAAUAACCACCACCCAUGAUGGAGAGAGUUGCAGAAAACUUUGUGUGUAACAGUAACUUGGAGUAAAUAAAUGUGCAAGAUGAUUCUUAAAUGUUUUAAAUAAAGUAAUGCAUUUUCUCUGAUUUAUGGCCCCUGGGUUACAAGUCAGGUAGCUCUUUGGAAGAUCAAAUAUUUUAUUAGGAUAAGUCAAGUUGGCUGGCUUGCUAAACUUGAGUCUUAAGCACCGACAAUAACAGAAUGAGGUUAGAUCUUACCAAGUUAGACUGUGCAGUAUAGUUGUGUCAAAGAUCACUUGCUGUUUAGUACACUAGUGAAAUUUUUCAGAUGUGAACAUACCAAGUAAAUGCUUAUCCUGUGUCUUUUAGGGUUAACCCUAACCUUUGAUAUUUUUGUGUCUGUCCUCAAGCACAAAUGCAUUAUAAACAAUCUUUGUGACUUGUGUAAAAUAAAAUGUGCUGGAACUUCUCAAAAUCUGUGUUACCGGUACCUGCUGAUUAUUCUAA